CGGGUGUUGAACUAAACCGGGCGAUGAUAGUCAGCCGCAUUGUUGGAUGAUAGUGAAAGAGCCGAAAAAGCUCUAUCCAUACGCAGUGAGACACGUUUUGCUAUUUGUACAAAUUGAAUACUUUUUAUUUAUCGUAGAGAUACGGGUCGGGGAGGGAGAAAGCUGGUAGCUAUUUCGUAACUUGAUGUCUUAGAUGAAGCUUUGUGGCUGCCGAAAGCAUGCAGAGCGACAUGGGUGUAAGUAUCUCACGCACGAAAUAUUGGUCUUCCCAGUCUUCACGCCGCCCUAUCCCAGCUACUCGGUUCUCGGCAGGAGGUUUGAAUAUCAGCAUAGUCGUUGAAAGGUGCAGCGCUUCUCUUGUAUUCCCAUCGCCCUCACAAACUACCAUUCACCACGGCGUAUCCAAAACUUCAAAAUGGACGCCAGUUCAAUUUCUUACUACUUUUUAAAUAUUUCGAUUGGACUGGUAGCACCUGCCAUUAUUCUUCGAUGGUUCUUUUCAAAAUUGAAAUCAAAGGGUGUUGAUUUUAAACAUACAUCGAUACAAUCCGCUGCCUCUAUACCCGAUCAAGAUACAGCUAAUUCAGUCGAUAUCAACACAGAUAUCGGUAGCCUAUUACCUCUGACUAUCCAUCAUGAAUUUGCUAAAGCAUACAUCCGUCUCGUCAACGAAGACGGUGCUGGAUCCUGGCCACCUGCAGCUAAUUUUGACUUCUGGCCUCCCGCAAUACAACCUUACCAAGACAUAUACACACAGUACACAAGCUCGCUUACAGUUUCCGAAGCGUCUCUAUACGAUGACGUAAAUGAAGGAAAUCGGCAUAAAUUUCGAACAGAUAUGCAGAAACUUCUUCAAGAACAUAUCAACUUGGACUCAGUUCGCCAAGCUCUAGAACUGGAUUCGUCAAAGCCAUCAGUAUCCCGCGAUCAAAUUAACGCAUUCCAUGGUACCCUUGCCUACCUUAGACAUGUAUAUAGAUGGGCUAGUAACCCAAUUGUGAGAGUGGCUCAGCUGGAAACUACUAUCGACAUGCCACCAGAACUGGACAUUCCAUGGAAGGGUUUGCAAAAUCUAGCUGGCUUCUACGCCGAAAGUGGUAACCAUACUACGAAUGUUCUGCUAAGUUUUGAUUCUUCUGGGCGUCGGAGGUUGCGUACUACUUCCGGUGUCGACAAGCCCAUCAUGACGACGGAGGACAAUUUCUUCUCCCUUUUCUACAAUUAUGAACUAAACAGUGUGCCACUAUACUUCGAAAUUAUUCGCUGCCUUGCCGCUUUUGACGAAGCCCGUCAAUCAGAAUGUAUGCAGCAUCUCAACAAUAUCUGCAUUCUUGUUCGCAAACUUUCAAGAGUGUUUCACAGCGGUCUGACGGAACAAAAAGUAUCCAAAAGCAACUGGAUGCAAUACACUCAGGGCUUCCACGGUUGGGGUCUGGAAAAGGUCGUAGAUGGAAUCCCCAUCACUCAUACAGGCGUCUCUGGAAGCCAAGUGCUCGCUUUCCAUAUUAUCGAUUCAUUUCUUGGCUUGGAACCUUAUAUGUCCAACGACGAAAUUGAACUAUACGUGCCUGCACGGCAACAUAUGUUUAGUCUGGCAGUUAGACGGGCUUGCUUUCGUCAUAAGCUCACCAGCAUCAGCCAUCCGCUCUUGUACGACCGAAUGGAGCACUUGGCACAACAGAUGAAGGUAUGCAUAUACUCCGUUGUAUCUUACUCGCUUUAAACUCCAGAUAAUCUGAUACAUUGUACUUUUUAGAGCUUUCGAUGUGGACACAGAAAACGUGUCAUGCCGUAUUUGAAGGCUCAUGCUCCAGAGCGGCGUCAUAUGACAAAUGGUAAGAUGAUUGAGGGGCUUGGUGAUAUUGAAGAUGCGCUCAAACCUCUCGAUGAUAUGCUCGUUCGCCGUAUUCGAUCUACAAAAUAAAUGGAUGCGCACUUAGACGCACAGCAUGAGCAAGAGUCAGUAAAGCCCGCCAUGUAUUUCAAAACUGGUGGUCAAAUGGUAUAUACUUCGUCAUGGAUAAAGGAUAUAGAUAGAUAAAAGUAUGGAUAGACUGAUGACAUCAAGAGAAGCUGCCGUAUGUGCCAUCAAUUUAGGUGUUGUGUGGCGGCUAAUAUUGGCUAGUGCCACCGGAGCCUUGUCCGCCCUCCAGCCUACAAAACGCAUAGCCUCCUUAAACGCCGCCUCCAUCAGCUCAUAA